AGUUUUGUUAAUUACUGCCUAAUUGGAUGAAAAUAUUGUUUAAAUGAAUCGCUGUUGUUUAAGCCUUUGUGAACAGAAAUAAAUAAAUACCUUUCCUAAAAAGAAUGGCAACAAUUUUGGAAACUUGCAUUUGUUUUGAUUUUCCCGGUUUUCAAGUCAAUUUAAAUUAGUUAUAUUAAAAUAAUGGCAGAUGAUAAUGAACAGGGAGCUGCGAAUGCUGUUGAAGAACCUCUGGACCUAAUAAGACUUAGUUUAGAUGAAAGAAUUUAUGUUAAAAUGAGAAAUGAAAGAGAACUUCGUGGGAGACUGCAUGCUUAUGACCAGCAUCUAAAUAUGGUUCUUGGUGAUGUUGAAGAAACUGUAACCACAAUAGAAAUAGAUGAAGAAACAUAUGAAGAAGUUUAUAGGACAACAAAAAGAACAGUUCCCAUGCUGUUUGUUAGAGGUGAUGGUGUCAUACUUGUAUCGCCACCAGUAAGAGGAGGAAUGUAGUAAACAUCUAUUUCAUAUAUUUUUUGUAUAUUCAUAAUUAAAACAUGAUCA